AUGACGGCUGUCAUACCUAUCGUAGAAGAUCUCCUGCAGACGGAGGUCAUAGUUCCAUGGUUACAAUUCAUGGCACAGAUGUACCCAUUAAUAACCGUUGAUCAACGACAAGCUGUUGAUCGUACAAUUGAUAGUGUCUUAAAUAGUAGUGGAAAAGUCUUCUUCCUGGAUGCUCCUGAAGGCACUGAAAAAAUAUUCCUAAUUUAUCUUAUGUUGGCCCAAGCAAGAUCGGCAGGAAAACUGUCCCUUGCUGUUGAAUCUUCUGUUAUUGCUGCCACUCUCUUGAGUGAAGGUAGAAUAGCUCACUUCACUUUUAAACUUCCUUUAUGUGUUUUUUCCGGAGAAGAUUAUACGUGCCCGUUACGCAAAAAUGGCCCUCUCGGAAAAAUUCUUCAAGAUACAGCAUUUAUUGUAUGGGAUAAGUGCACAAUGAGUCACAGAGCUCACAUUGAAGCAAUUAUUAGAACUUUGAAAGAUUUAAGAUUAAACCAGGAACUAAUGGUUGGCACUACAUUUGUUUUUGCUGGAGGUUUGAGGCAGACGUUACCAGUAAUUCAGAGAGGAACUAGAGCUGAUAUAAUUCAUGCCUGUUUAAGAUCAUCAUUUCUCCGGUAUUAUGAAGAGUCUCAUCGUUUACGUACUAAUAUGAGAGCACAUCUCUGUGGAGGAAGCACGGAAUUUCCAACACAGCUGUUAGAAAUUGGCAGUAGCACGAUGAAAAAUAAAAAUGGUUUUAUCACCAUAGAUCAAUUUAUUGGAAAACUGGUUAAAACUGUCGAUGAUCUUAUUUCUAAAGUUCACCCGGACAUUGAAAAUUAA